AUGCUGCUUAGUGGGCAAAGUCGCCUACGGAAAUUCGACCCAGCACUGAUCAAGAAGGGCGUGGAACUUCUGCGUCCCGACAAUUUCAGAAUGACCAUAGUAUCUCAAGACUUGCCUGGUGGCUGGGAUCAGAAGGGGAAGUGGUACGGCACGGAAUACAAGUCUGAGAAGAUACCGGUGGACUUCCUGGCUGAGAUAUCGAAGGCGAUGGAUUGCUCCGCGGGAGAUCGGCUCCCCGGCUUACACCUUCCGCACAAGAACCAGUUUAUCCCGAUCAAGCUCGAGGUCGAGAAGAAGGAGGUCGAGAAGCCGGCCUUGGCGCCCAGAGUAGACCGGAACGACCAAGUCGCCCGGACGUGGUACAAGAAAGACGACACCUUCUGGGUUCCGAAGGCCAACCUCAUUGUGAGCUGCAAGACUCCUAUCAUCUUCGCUUCGGCCGAGAAUUCGGUCAAAGCGGAGCUGUUCACGGAUUAA